GGGCAGGGGGCCAGUGGGGAGCUUCCUCAGGUUGGGCGGACCUGUGGGGAGGAAAUAUCAAUCAACGGACGAGAAGCGAGAGAGAGCGAGAGCGAGAGCGAGAAUGGGAUACGUACUGAGGGUGAGAAUGGCUUCGUUCUUCGCCGGAGCUGCCACGGCGUCGUUCAUCGGCCUCUACAUCCUCCACAACGACUACAAGGUCGCCCACCAAUCCGUCUCCCAUCAGAUGAAAGGACUCCACGAUUCACUGGACAGACGAAUUGCAGCUCUGGAGAAGUUGAAGCAAGCUGAGGCUUCACAACCUACUGAAUUAACCGAGUAGAGUUCUUAUAUGGUGGAAUGUCUCUGCUGGACUUCUUUUUCCGUCCAAUGAACUGUGAUGCCAGUUGCUUUGUAGUCCCAGAAGUUGAGAAGAAUAAUCUCUACUACUCGACCUGUUUUUGUUAUUGUAUUAUCGAGAUCCUUGAUGCCCCUUUACCUCGGAUAACACAAAUAUUUCACAAGGAUAUGUUGGAUUGUCCUUUGUUCAUGAAAUUUCAUUUUCUAAGCUCUUUUAUGCUA